UUUAUUUCAAAAAAAAAAUGUUGGUUAUUCCUGGUACUUCUGCUCUUUCAGCGUUUAAGAGUACGAGUCUUUUAAAAUAUAUUCAAAAGACUGUGCCCUUAGCAGAAUCUAUUUCAGCUAUUCACAUUCAUUUUGUUCAAGCGCGUACAGGCCAAGAAGGAAGUUUAAGUGAACAUUUACAACCUGGACAGAUUUUACGCCAGUUACUUACUUACGGUUACAACCCCAUCGAUAUUGAAGAAAUUGAAUCUAUUGUCAAGUUCUUAAGCACUAAUCAUCAACCUUUGGAUGCCACAAUCGCUCUUGUCGUUCCUCGCCCCGGUACCAUUUCCCCUUGGUCAUCCAAAGCUACAAAUAUUGCCCAUCUCUGUAAUCUUUAUGAUAAUGUCGAACGUAUUGAACGCGGUAUUGCUUAUCGUGUUGUGAAAUCUGACGGAUCCCAAUUGACCAAGCAAGAGAUCGAAUCCAUCCAAGAUUUAAUUCAUGAUCGUAUGACUCAAAAUGUAUCGACAAUCAUUCCUGCUUCUGAAUCAGUAUUUCACCAUGGCGCUCCUGGUCCUUUAACUGUCGUUGAUUUAUUAACACAAUCUGUCUCUGGUGAACAUGCUCGUGAGAAAUUAGCGGUUGCAAACAAAACUUUAGGUUUGGCUUUAGCUAACGAUGAAAUCGAUUAUUUGAUUGACGCUUUUGUCGGUCAAGAUGGACAAAGCGGACUUCAAAGAAAUCCAACCGAUGUCGAACUUUUUAUGUUUGCCCAAGUCAAUUCUGAACAUUGUCGUCACAAGAUCUUCGGUGCCGAUUGGACUAUCGAUGGUGAAUUAAAACCUCAUUCUCUCUUUGCAAUGAUUAGAAAUACUCACAAGUUGAACCCUGAUUCUACACUUUCUGCCUACUCUGAUAAUGCUGCUGUCUUGAAGGGUUUCAGAGCUACCCGAUUUGCCCCCAACGCAACUCAAGCUAAUACUUAUGAACAUUAUGAAGAGGAUGUCCAUUAUCUGGCUAAGGUUGAAACUCAUAACCAUCCCACUGCUGUAUCACCUUUCCCUGGUGCAUCCACAGGUUCAGGUGGAGAGAUUCGCGAUGAAGGAGCUGUGGGUCAAGGAUCCAAGCCUAAAGCCGGUCUUGUCGGUUUUACAACUUCUAAUUUGCUCAUCCCUGAUAACGUGCAACCUUGGGAAACAGAUUUUGGUAAGCCUAGCCAUGUUGCUUCUGCAUAUGACAUUAUGAUGGAAGCACCCCUUGGUGGAGCAGCAUUUAAUAACGAAUUCGGUCGUCCUUGUUUGACUGGUUAUUUCCGUACAUUUGCUGAGACCGUGCCUGUGACUGAUGAUACUACUGAAGUUCGUGGCUACCAUAAGCCCAUCAUGAUUGCUGGUGGUGUUGGUACAGUUCGUCCUGCUCAUGUCUUUAAGAAGCCUAUCAAUCCUGGAGCCCAUCUUGUUGUUCUUGGUGGUCCUGGUAUGUUGAUUGGUUUGGGUGGUGGUGCCGCUUCUUCUAUGGCAUCUGGUCAAUCUAGUGCUGAUUUAGAUUUUGCAUCUGUUCAACGUGAGAAUCCUGAAAUGGAACGUCGUGCACAACAAGUUAUUGAUGCUUGUACUGCCCUUGGGGAUGAGACUCCUAUUGAAUCUAUUCAUGAUGUUGGUGCUGGUGGUCUUUCUAAUGCUUUGCCUGAAAUUGUCCAUGAUAGUGACCUCGGCGCUACCAUCGAUUUACGUAAGAUUCCUUGUGACGAUGCAUCCAUGUCUCCUAUGGCUAUUUGGUGUAACGAAUCUCAAGAGCGUUAUGUUUUGGCUAUUGCCCCGUCCAAGAUUGUUCAAUUUGAGUCAUUCUGUGCUCGUGAACGUUGUCCCUACGCUGUUGUUGGUGUUGCUACUGCUGAUAAGCGUCUUGUUGUGAAAGAUCCUCUUUUGAAUAACGUCCCUAUUGAUUUGCCUAUGCCUGUUUUGUUUGGUAAGCCUCCCAAGAUGUCCCGUCAAGCUGUGACAGAAACUCCUUACAGAAGAGAGUUUGAUACUUCUUUGGAAUCUUAUUUACCCGGUCAACAUGAUGUUCUUUCUGAAGCCGCUUCUCGUGUCCUUCAAUUGCCUUCUGUUGCUUCUAAGUCUUUCUUAAUUACCAUCGGUGAUCGUUCAAUUACUGCUAUGGUUGCUCGUGAUCAACUUGUUGGUCCCUGGCAAGUACCUGUAGCUGACGUUGCUGUCACUACAUCUUCUUUGGGCCUUGACAUCAUGACCGGUGAGGCUAUGGCUAUGGGUGAGCGUACUCCUAUUGCUUUAUUGUCUCAGGCUGCUUCUGCUCGUAUGGCUGUCGGUGAAUCUUUGACUAAUUUAGCUGCUGCUCAUGUUGGUGAUAUUAAGGAUGUCAUCAUGUCUGCUAACUGGAUGUGUGCUGCUGAUCAUGAUGGCGAAGGAGCUGGUCUCUAUGAAGCUGUCCAAGCUAUUGGUAUCGACCUUUGUCCUAAAUUGGGUAUUGCUAUUCCUGUUGGUAAGGAUUCUAUGUCUAUGAAGAUGAAAUGGAGCGAAGGAGGUCGUUCCAACGAGGUCACUGCUCCUCUUUCAUUGAUCAUUACUGCUUUUGGAACCGUUGUCAACAACCACACUACAUUCACACCUCAACUUAUCAACAAGCCUAAUACCGAACUUAUUUUAAUCGAUUUGGCUAACGGUAAGCAGCGUUUAGGUGGUUCUGCUAUUACACAAGUUUUCAAGGAGAUUGGUACUGAGGCACCUGAUGUCGAGGAUGCUAUUUUGUUGAGAGAUUUCUUUAACGCUAUGCAAAAGGCAAAACAGGUUGAAGGCGCCGAACCUCUUGUAUUAGCUUACCACGAUAGAUCUGAUGGUGGUUUAUUUGCUACAGUUGUUGAAAUGUGUUUUGCUGGUCAUGUUGGAGCCGUUGUGAAUUUGGAUGAUAUCACCAAUGAGGGCGAUGUCGUCUCCUCUCUUUACAAUGAAGAAUUAGGUGCUGUUGUUCAAAUCGAAUCUGCUCGUUAUGAAGAAUUUGUUAACUUGAUGACCGAAUGUGGUAUUCCCACCAACAAUUUGCGCAAGAUUGGUACCGUCAGUGAACACGACACCAAAGAUAACAUCACUUUCAAGCUUGGUGGUGACUCUGUUUACAACGCUUCUCGUGUAGAUCUUUUCCGUGCUUGGAGUAAAACUUCAUAUUUGAUGCAAUCUGCUCGUGAUAAUGCUCUCUGUGCUCAACAAGAAUACGAUGCUGUUUUAGAUACAAGUGACCCUGGUCUUCAAUAUCAAUUAACAUUUGAACCCUCAGAACAACUUGCUAUCAACACCCCCAACGGUGGUCGUCCCAAGGUUGCCAUUCUUCGUGAUCAAGGUGUAAACGGACAAAUUGAAAUGGCUUUUGCUUUCCAUUUAGCAGGGUUCGAAAGUGUUGAUGUUCAUAUGACUGAUAUUAUAUCUGGACAAGUUAGUUUGAAGGACUUCAUUGGUAUUGCUGCCUGUGGUGGUUUCUCUUAUGGUGAUGUGCUCGGUGCUGGUUCUGGUUGGGCUCGUACGAUUUUGUUGAACAGUCGCGCCCGUACUGAAUUCGAAGAUUUCUUUGCUCGUGACAACACUUUCUCAUUAGGUGUCUGCAACGGUUGUCAAUUCUUGAGUCAAUUGGCCGAAUUAAUUCCUGGUGCUAAUAACUGGCCUCGUUUUGCUCGUAAUGAAUCCGAACAAUUUGAAGGUCGUACUUCAUUAGUCAAGAUUGAAGCCAACACUCAAAGUAUCUUCUUUAAGGGUAUGGAAGGCUCCAUUUUACCUAUUGCUGUUGCACAUGGUGAAGGUAGAGCCACCUUCAAUAACGAACAAGAGAUGCAGCAAUUCCAAAUCGAAAAUUUGGCUGCCACUUCCUAUGUCGAUAAUUAUGGUAAUGUCACGCAACAAUACCCUGCCAAUCCUAACGGAUCACCCCGUGGUAUCGCCGCUAUUACAACACCUAACGGCCGUGUUUUAAGUAUGAUGCCUCAUCCUGAACGUGUCGUAUUAAAGGAAAGUAACUCUUGGUAUCCUGCUGAGGAGAACUGGGGUCAAGUCGGUCCCUGGUUGAAGAUGUUCCGUAAUGCUCGUGACUGGGUUGGUGAGAACUAUUAAAAGACCUUUCAUUAUUUAUCUCUGUACAAAAAAAACACAUUUAUUAUAUUUCUCUUUUCAUAUUACAUAAAAUUCGCUGUCGAAAAUCAUUUAAUUGCUCCGCUUUCAUAUACAUAUUUACCAAAAAGAAAAGAAAAGACACCAUCAUUGCAAAUAAAAAAAAAAAAAAACGUUGAAU